UGAAACGGGUGAAUCAUUAGCACUAGAAGCAGCAGUAGAGACAAAAUCAGAAUGCAUCUUGAUCAAUCACUGUCUCCAUACCUGUGUCUCUUUUCCCCCUGAAAAGCGGGACUUGCUUUCCAAAAUGUUGUGAUUGGGACAGAAUACAGAGAUUGCAAUCAAGAGAUAGUUUAACAGGUGUGUUUUUUUCGUGAAUGGUCGCCUAUUGGGGGAGGGGCUAGAUCGAGGCCCAAAAACCCUUAUAAGAAGCGCAAGGGCCAGGUCAAAGCUCAGCGUGCAGAAGAGGGACCGUGACAAAAGUCAAAAGGAGGUGAAUUGUACCCAGAAUGAUACACUGAUAAGAAGGUUUCCUGUGCAAAGAAAACUCAGUCCACACCACAGGCACUGAGAGAAACCAAAGGGGAGUGGGGGCAGAAGAACCAUCUAAAGAAUGACACGCAUGGCGCAAACGGCCCUGGAAGUCUUUCUUCUGAUAUUCUCGGAAUGGGCUCCCCAUGCCCGGGAUGCUGCAGGAUCCCCGUUGAUCACCCAGGGCAUUGAACGACGAGCGUCAAUGUGGAUCAAUGUCAGACUCGAGCCAGGAGGCGUGGCUCUCCGACGGAUGGGGUCCACUGGACUAAGGGGAAACAAUGAAUCCUCGAAAGGAUAGCAUGCUGGCGGCAAAGGACUUGGUGGGAAUCAGACCGAAAUAGCGAAGAGCAAUGAUUUGCUGACGAGGAAAGCUGAAGUACUUUGUGUUGGAAGAGGAAGAGGAGUGGUUUUUGGACAGUAACGAAGGAUAUGGAUGGAUGGAUGCCCUGGCACAAGAACCCCUGUAGUGGACAGGGGGAGGGCGGAGAAAAACGAGAGAAGGGACGGAAAUGGAUUAGAACCAAGCAGUCAAGAUAAAAUUAAGUGGAAUGAAGAGUUGAUAAUGAGGGAGAGUGGGUUGGAG